AUGGCCCAAAUCCACGACUUACCGUCCGAACUGCUGGAAAGCAUCCUCCAAUACCUUCCCAUGCGCGACGUCUUGCUCAACCAAAGAGUCUCCAUCCACUGGCGCGACCUAAUCCAGACCUCACCUCAGCUCCGGCGGCAAACAUUCCUCGGCUUCGUCCCAGUCAAGAAAGUCACGAACAAUAACCUCUCCAGCUUCGUCUGCAACCACAAAAGUCCAGCGGCAUCUUUCUGUGGCAGUAGUAUCACCUCGGAGAAUCCAGUCUCGACAACCAGCUCCAAGGCCUCGACCUCCAGUCUAGUCCACUUCAACCCGGUGUUCCCGGCAGAGGGCGACAUCAUCCGCAUGCGAACGUCGCAGUUCCGGGGGAAGCCUGAGUCGACGAAGUCCUGGCUAGAUAUGUACCUGACACAGCCGCCUUGCAGGCUUGCUGAGGCGACUGUGUACUACACCAAGUCGAGGGGUCUUAUCGCAUGGGGUCGGCGGAGUUCGUAUACAGAGGUGCGUGCGGUGCAGGUUGUGCGGUCCUGUGGGGUUCGCGCGAGGGAUGUGCUGGAAACUGUGCGGCGACUAUCGGUUGGAAGUACGAAGAAGUGGCAGCGGAUUGAUAUUCGGGUGCCGGGGGUCGAGAGGGUUUAG